CAGAGUCAUCAGACGCAAUACAUAUACGUGGCAAGCGUCUGACUGAAAUGUCAAAAUAAAUUAUAAAUGAAAAUAGUGUAAAGAAGUUGGACAAAAUACACGAAAGCUUCAAUGUCCGCUUUGUUCAGUUACUUAAUGGCAUAAGAAGAGUUAAACCAUAUCAAGUUACGAGUUAACAUUAGUUUUGUUAUUUCACGUAGAAUUCAACAUGGCAUCAGAAGGAAAGUAUGACGAACUGAGGGAGCCGCAGUAUUCAGGUGACAAGUCUGAAUUACUUGAUGACAGCACCACUAAUAAGUCCAACAUUCCACACAGUGAAAGUAACAGUUCAAGUGAUCAUAGUGCCCACAAACCCCUUACAUCACCCAACAAAAUACUUGAGGCUGAGAAAGCUGUACUGCAGGAUCAGAGCCGUGGUCUAAGGAUCAUCAUAAUCUGUGCAUUUGUGUUCUCUCUAGUUAUCACAGUGGCCCUCAUACUGUCCAUCUACCUGGGACCUCCACAGAUCGGAGCAAAUGCUGCUAUCUCUUCGGACGUCAGGGAAUGCUCUGACAUCGGUUUGCAGAUGUUAAACAAGGGAGGUAAUGCUGUAGAUGCAGCGGUAGCAGCCAUGUUUUGUCUUGGAGUGGUGAAUGCUGAGAGCUCUGGAUUAGGAGGCGGAGGUUUUAUGCUGGUGCAUGACCACAAAGUUGAGAAGUCGGAGGUGUUUGACUUUCGAGAGACGGCCCCUAGUCAAGCUCGGCCUGAAAUGUAUAAGGGGUCACCUUUGAAACAGAAACUGGGUGCUCUGGCAGUUGCAGUUCCAGGUGAACUAAAGGGGAUGGAAGCUGCACAUCAGAAAUAUGGAAAACUUCCAUGGAAGACUGUAGUCAGCCCAGCUGCAAAUCUGGCGAGGAAUGGUUUCCACAUGACUGGCCAUACAGAAUUUGUGCUGAACAGCCCUAAGCUGAAUCUGGAAGCCUUCAUGCAGUCCAAGAUAGCCCCGUUCUACAUAAUUGAUGGCAAACCCAAGAAAACUGGUGAUCUGAUUGUAAGGAAAGAACUUGCUGAAACCUUGGACAAGAUUGCAACAGAGGGAUCUGCAGUGUUCUAUUCAGGGGGCAUUGCAGACAGUAUUGUUAAAGAGCUUGUGAAUGCAGGCUCUCCGGGAAUUGUGACAAAAGAUGACCUAGCCAACUAUGAAGUACAGAUGCGAUCAGUGGUCAAGACAACAUAUAAAGAUUACACAGUGGAGUCAGUGCCUGCCCCAGGAAGUGGCCCUGUGGUCCUCUCAAUCAUGAACUUCAUGGAAGGGUACCUAGACCUAAUGUCGGACGCCCAGAGCUAUCAUCUUUUGCUUGAGGCCUUCAAGUUUGGAUAUGCCCAGAGAGGGCUGUUGGGGGACCCUAAGUUCAACACACAGGCCAUUGAGAAUGCUACCACUGUCAUGAUCAGUAAGGAGGAAGCUGCCAGGUUGCGCAACAUUACAACCAAUCAGACAAGAGAUGCUAGUUUCUACAGCAGCAGUGUACAUCAGACCCCGGAUGCUGGCACUUCACACCUGUCUGUUAUUGACACUGCUGAACUCAUGGUGUCUGUUACAAGUACAAUCAAUGACUGGUUUGGAAGCAUGGUCCUUACUGACACUGGAAUCCUUCUCAACAAUCAAAUGGCUGACUUCGGAUUGCCUGGAACAGUGAACGAGAUCCGAGGAGGUAAGAGACCUCAGUCCAGCAUGUCUCCCACGGUGGUGUACGAGACGGGGCACCUGUGUGGCCUGCGCAUGGCAUGUGGAGCAGCAAAUGGCACCAGAAUUAUAACUGGGAUAGCAGAAGUGCUGUUCAACAACUUGACCUUGAACUAUUACCUUGAGAAAUCUGUAUCUUCCCCCAGGAUGCACUCGGAUCUCUAUCCCAAUGCCAGUCUGGUUGAAGUAGAGGAUGGUUUCCCAGGUGAGGUUCUCACUGGUCUGAAAGCCAUGGGUCAUGCUGUACAAGGGGUACCCAGGGAGCUGAGUGCGGUGAAUGUUGUCCUGAAGAUCAAGGACAAUAUAGAGGCAGUCGCUGAUCAGCGCAAGGCUGGGUCUGGUACUGCCUGGUUUAAAUAACAGAACUGUGCAAUCCAUGCUAGUCUCCAAGCAAUUGAGUAGAUAUUGUAUAGAUGUACUGCUAUAUAUUUAAAAUUUUUGGUCUUCAGGGCCUGGUAUGAUAAUAAGUCUCUCGGAUAUUUUUUUAAAGAAUUUUGUAGUAUUAUACAUGUGUAUUAUUAUUGAAUAUGAAAGAGAUGGGGAAAAAGUGAAUACAAUUGCUGCAAUAAAAUGACCAUAGAUGAUUUUAUCUAGUAUAAAUGCUGCUCCAAUAAUGAAGGUUUAGAAAAAGGGUCCCUGAACAAUUUGAAAUUAUGUUUUGUGAUGUGCAUUCCAAUAUUUAUUGUCCCCUACUGGUUUCACCAGAGGGGACUUAUGGUUUGCGGUCUGUGUGUCUGUCUGUGUGUCUGUCAGUCUGUGAGUCUGUGUGUGAGUCUGUCUGUCUGUCUGUGAGUGUGUCUGUCUGUCUGUGAGUCUGUCUGUCAAACUUUUCUGGGUCCUGCGAUAACUUAAAAAGUUCUUAAUAUUUUUUCAUGAAACUUGAAACAUGGAUAGAUGGCAAUAUGGACAUUAUGCAUGUCAUUUCAUUUUGUUCCUUCGUCAAAAAUUCUGGUUGCUAUGGCAACAAAUAGACAAGAAAUACUGCUGAAAAUGGUGGUUUUCUGGAUCCUGCGAUAUCUUUAAAAGAUCUUAAUAUUUUUUCAUGAAACUUGCAACAUGGAUAGAUGGCAAUAUGGACAUCAUGCACGUCAUUUCAUUUUGUUCCUACGUUGCUAUGGCAACCAAAAAAAAAGAUCUGAAAAUGGUGGAAUUUCUGACAAUGGUGGAGCCGGUAGGGGACCAUAUUGCUCGACAAUAGCCUUGUUUUAAUUUAUGUUUAUCCAAAUCAAAAUUUAUGAAUCUCCUUUAAAAUAUGUCCUAAAAGCAUUUAAGGAUGCACAUAAUUUCACAAACAUGUAAAUUGCAAACAUGGUUAUUUUCAGCUCUGAAAAUAAUUUUUUGGUCAUAAUUAUUAGCAUACUAGUAUCGUUAUGUCAUUAGUAUGUGCCUACUGGUAAUAUAUAAAAAUUGACAUUCACAUUUUCUGCCCAUGACAUUAUUGUAUAUUUAAAUUAUUGUUUUUUUGUUGAUUUUUUUCUUUUAUGAAUACUGUUGAUUUUUUUGUAUGAUAUUAUUACAUAAAGCAUAAUAUAAAACAUCCUCUUUAACAGUGUAUUGAUUCAAUAUUUAUACUUGAUUUAUCAGAAUGUAACGCCAUAUCACACACGAAUAUAAUAACGAUGAAUAUUAAAUAAAACUUUAAAGGGGUUACACAUGACCUGGCUUGUAAGCCAAAAAGACAUGAAACUCACUAAUACUAAAAUUGGUGGGUUGUUAUGUGUGUGCUUAUCGAUAUUGUUACAAUAAAAAGCAUUAACACAAAUCUGUUUUGUUUUCAUCUAUUGAAACCAGAAUGGGAAAUUUCAAGUUUAUACCACAAUACAGGGACCUAUAAAACAUUUGUUUGUAAAGGUCCCUGCACAAUAUAACAGAAUUUUAAAUUUUCCAUGAUAUACUAUACACAUUUUUAAUGAAUUGAUCAAAUACUUAAUUGUACUUUUUGCAAAUCAGUGGAUUGUCAAUGUACAGAUGAUAAUAAUUAUGCCACAGGAGAACAAUCAAUUGCAUUUUACAAUACAAAUGUACACAAUACAGGAACAGCAGUAAAAUUAAUAACAUUAAGCUGGAUAUUUGAUAUUGUAUUUAAUUUUCUGGAAGUCCACUCUCAAAACCCAGUCAGAGUUGUGGACAUGAUCUAUCCAGCCUUUGCAACAUUUAUAAUGCAAAAUUAAAAAUUAUUUGUUCCAUUUCAAUCUUAAGAAUAUGCCAACAUAUUUAAGCUCCAAAUUUUUUAAGCAAAUUAGUUGAAUGUUAAAUGUAUUCCCCGUACAAUAAAUUUUGUAAAUGGAUUUGCCAAAUCAAUUGAUGCAUGGUAGAGUCCUAACAAAAGGAGGUACACAUUAUAAUUGAGCAAAAAAAAUUCUUCUGACCAAGUUUCAUUAAGAUCGGACAAUAAAUGUGGCCUCUUGAGGGUUAGCCAGGCAACCAUGUUGUCGACGCAGAAGAAAUAAUGGACUUAUGCACAUCAGCUCACCAAAAGCACCGUGUACUCGGGUGUGCCAAAAAUAAGUCAUCCGCUUAUCCUUAUAUACAUUAUUGCCAAGUUUGCGAUGAGUAAUGUUCACUGUAAACAUGCCUAGACAUUCCUUGGGAAUAAAAUGUCUACUGAUUGUAGAAUAUUUUUACCUACAAAGUAAAAAUAUAGACAACAAAAGUAUAUUUAAAGUAAUAGAAAUCAAUGUCAAAACAUUACACAUGUAAGUAAUUUAUAAUAAGGCAAAAGCAGACUCUGUUAAAUGCAUAUCAAUUUGUAUUAUUUUAGUUUUCACUUCUCGUCAAUGCAUUUUGUAAACAAAAGGUAUUAAUACUGAUAUUAUGUUUAAUAUGGUGCAGUAUAACAAAACUGUACCAUAAACAUGUAAAAUAAAAAUAUUUUUUAAAUGUCUAUUCACAUUGAGCAUAUUUUAUCUUUUAUAAGUUAUAAGUUACAAAUUGGGAUAACACCAACAGACUACAAGAUGCAAGCCAGCCUUUUCCCUGUUAACCAAAGUAUUUUACAGGAGAUGCCAAACUGUCCUACAAAUAUAUAAAAAUAGAUAUCUUAUUCAUUAGUUAAGAUUUCUAAUAAUGAUCACAUAAUUCCUACAAUGUUAUAUAUGCAAAGUGAAAUAAAGAAAAUAAAUAUU